AUCUGUUAAGGAUGAAUAGAAAGAUGAACAUCUAUGUGACAGAACAAAUUUAGCAAAAUGUACUUGAAGAUGUUUGCCAUGCAAUUCUUCCAACUCUUUGUAUUUUGAAACUUUUCAAAAUACAGUGUUGAGUAAAAUGCAGGUAACCCUAGAAAUGAUCAUACUCUUGUAAAAAAAUUGCUUCCUUGUUAACAUAAGUGGCAGGCUCUCUCCCACUUCCUCACUCCUCCCGGGCUUUGUCUUUUUUCCUGGGGAGCCUGCUUGGUGAAAAAGGGCCUGGAGUGAGCCUGGCAGGGGGUGAGCUAAUCCUUUACGCCAGGGCUUUAUCUUCUUCCUGAUAUGUAAUUCUCACAAUAGCCAUAUAAACUAGUUAUUUCUGCAUUUUAUGAGGAAACUGAGGUACAGAGGGGUACACUUGAUCCAGGUCAGUAGGUGAUAAUAUUAGUCUUACAGCAUUUAUGGAGCCCUCCCUUUAUGUGUCAGGCUUUGUGCUCUGUACUUCACAUGCAUUAACUCAUUUGAGCCUCAUCCUACCCUAGGAGGUAGGUGCCUUCAGUAUCUUCAUCUUACAGAUCAGGAAAUGGAGACUUAGAGAGGUGCAGGAACAUAUCCCAGCUUACUCUAGGAGCCAGGAAGUGGCAGAGCCCAUGUUUGAACCUGGUCUCUCCUGCUUUAUAGCCCUUGCCCUACUAUUCAGACCCAGUCCUCGGCCUAACUCAGUAAAUCAGCAUACGUUGUAGAAACCUCUUGUUCUGAGACCACAAGCUCUUUGAGGACAGAAUGUUUUGUUCAGCACUGUGUCAUUCUCAGUCUUCAGAGCAGUGUCUGGCAUAAUGAAUAUUUAUUGGAUGAAAGAGUACACGGAUGGUGUCUUCUCAUCACCCCCUCCUUCACCCUAUCUGCCCCUAAAGGUGCUCCUAACUGGGUACGUUUUGGCUGCCCUGGCCUUGGUCCUUGGAGAUGGAGAUGCCCGUUUCUUUGAUGUGGUUUAUGGGGCAACAUGCCUCAUUUGGUGGCCAGUGAAGAGUUCCAAUGAAGGCAGAUGUUCCUCAUUGGCCUUAAGUUGUCAAGGAUGCAUAAGGAUAUUAUCCACUGUCAAGGAAAGAUGGGAACAAAAACAAAAUAAAAUUUCCCCAAACUUUAAGGGAGUCUUUAAAUUGUGGCGGCUAGAAAUCAACUCCAGGACCCCUAGUGGCCACGACAGGCUUUCCCUCUAUAGCUAUAUUUGACUCUCGGGCUGCCGUAGUGAGCAGGUAAACACUAGCAAUUAGUUCUCUUAAUGUGCCCAAGUAUGUUGAUAAUUAUCCUUUACACUUAUGUAGAACUUAGUUUACAAAGUACCACAUCUGCUCUCCCUUUUGAUCUUCUGAACAGCCUGGACCACACACAGGGCACGGAUGAUUAGCCCCACUUUACAGAUGAGGAAACUGGUACCAGAGAGGUUAAAUCACCUGCUGUACGCCACUCAGGUAAUAGUGGUAGAGAGAGGUCUUCAACCCUCUUUUCUCACCUCCUACUCUGGCAAAUUUUCCUUUUCAAUAUUGUACUUAACCCAGCAAUUUCUGGGGAUGAGCGCAGGUUGGUGCAUUUCUUUUUGUUGCUCUUCCUCCAUCUUGGAGGUGAGUGAGGUCCUGGAUUGGGUCAGUUAAUCAUUCUGGAUGUCAGUUUACCAGUCUGUAUAUUGGGGAAUAAACACUACCCAUCAGUGAGUGCACUCGGAGCAGAGGAAGUUGUGAGGGUUUGGAACUCAAAAAACAAUUUCUAAGUGAAGAUGUUUGGAAGGGACUGUGAUGACUGGUUCAUUUUCUGUAAAACAAGUUCAAUGGCACCUCCCCUGGCCACACUAUCUAAAAUGGCAGCUCUGUUACCUCAUUAUCAUGCUUCAUUCUUCUUCACGGCAUUUACUGCCAUUUAUUAUAUGUUUAUAUUUGUUUGUUUAUGGCCUGUCUGAAUCCUCCCACCCAAAUGUGAUAGCCAGGAGAGCAGGGACUUGGUCUGUUUCCUGCACUCUUGAAUUGCUAACAGGUGGAGUUGUGCCUGGCACAAAUAACCGUUGUUGAGUGAAUGAAUGAAAGAAUGAAUCUGAGGUAUGUAAUGAUUGAAAGUAAGUUUGCAUUGGAUGAUUGAAAGAUUUGCUUGAGUACUCCUUGCUGUCGAACAGAGAGGGGGUUUGGUCUGGCUUCCACAGAUCCAUUUCUGUCUCAGCCAUCCAGUGGCUUAAGACCAAUCACUAAAGCCUUGAGUACCAACUUACACCUGGGUGAACUGGGUUCAAUAACCCAGGUCCAUUCAGCAGACAUAGGUCAUUGGAUGGCACUGUAUGCCUCUGCAUUGUAACAGCCGGUGAGUGGCUUGAGGACUGGGGCUGGUUCCCGUCACUGUUCUGUCCGCAAUACUUAGCAUAGAGCCUGGUCCACAGAGAGGUAAAAGAAGUGUUUGCUGAAUGAAUGAAUAUGUAAGAGGAAACAAGCACAGGGCUCUUAAUCCCCCUCCAAAGUGAAGGUCUCCAUUUGAGAAUAAGCUUGGUGCACGGCACAUGUGGUCCUCUUUCAACUUGAAUCAAAUCUCUCCAGAGAGGAGGAGGCACUGAACAGUUGAUUCCCUAACCUACUGCAAGGAAAGGCAAGCCUAGGCUCCAGAUCCAGUUCCAUGCCAUGUUUUGGAAUUUGUGUUUACGUCUGUCUUCAUUCCCCAUCCUUUCUGCUCCAGCAUAAGCAAAAUUAUAACCCCUGCACGCUGACUUGCAUGCAAUUACCAGAGCCCGGUGCUCCUCGGCUGAGGGACUUCUCCCCCAAGACCGCUGACUGUCUGAAUGACAAAUCCAAAGUCAGGGUUGCAGAACCAGCCGGACUUUCCUGCUCCUUUGCAGCAGAGGGAGGAAGGAGAGAAUGAAAGAUUCUGAAAAUAAAGGUGCCUCGUCUCCAGACAUGGAGCCCAGCUAUGGGGGAGGUCUCUUUGACAUGGUGAAAGGAGGUGCAGGGAGACUCUUCAGUAACCUAAAGGACAACUUGAAAGACACCCUCAAAGACACGUCUUCCAGAGUUAUACAAUCUGUUACCAGCUACUCGAAGGGAGAUUUAGACUUCACUUAUGUUACCUCCAGAAUUAUUGUGAUGUCCUUUCCUCUGGACAGUGUUGACAUAGGAUUCAGAAAUCAGGUUGAUGACAUUCGAAGCUUUUUGGAUUCCAGACAUCUUGACCACUACACGGUGUACAAUCUGUCGCCCAAGUCUUAUCGAACUGCCAAGUUUCAUAGCAGGGUCUCAGAAUGCAGUUGGCCCAUCAGGCAGGCCCCCAGUCUGCACAACCUCUUUGCUGUGUGUCGGAAUAUGUAUAACUGGCUACUACAGAAUCCCAAAAACGUCUGUGUUGUCCAUUGCUUGGAUGGACGGGCAGCAUCAUCAAUUCUGGUUGGUGCUAUGUUCAUUUUCUGUAAUCUCUACUCUACUCCUGGCCCAGCUGUUCGAUUACUCUACGCAAAGCGACCAGGAAUCGGACUUUCGCCAUCCCACAGGAGGUACCUGGGCUACAUGUGUGACCUCCUAGCGGACAAACCCUACCGCCCUCACUUCAAGCCUCUCACUAUUAAGUCGAUCACUGUCAGUCCAGUUCCUUUUUUCAACAAACAGAGAAAUGGAUGUCGCCCUUACUGUGAUGUACUGAUUGGAGAAACCAAAAUAUAUACAACUUGUGCAGAUUUUGAACGAAUGAAAGAGUACCGUGUCCAAGAUGGAAAAAUCUUCAUUCCCUUGAGCAUCACUGUGCAAGGAGAUGUGGUUGUUUCCAUGUAUCACUUGAGGUCAACCAUUGGAAGCCGGCUACAGGCUAAGGUGACCAACACUCAGAUAUUCCAGCUUCAGUUUCAUACUGGAUUCAUUCCACUGGACACAACAGUUUUAAAGUUCACCAAGCCUGAGUUGGAUGCAUGUGAUGUACCAGAAAAAUAUCCUCAGCUAUUUCAGGUGACUCUGGAUGUGGAACUACAGCCCCAUGACAAAGUGAUAGACUUAACCCCCCCAUGGGAACAUUACUGCACAAAAGAUGUCAACCCUAGCAUCCUCUUCUCUUCUCACCAGGAGCAUCAAGAUACUCUGGUCUUAGGAGGACAGGCUCCAAUAGACAUCCCUCCAGACAACCCCAGACAUUUUGGGCAAGGCGGCUUCUUUUCCACUCUCUGUUGGCAAGAUCAGAAAUCGGAGAAAUCAUUCUGUGAGGAGGACCACGCUGCCCUAGUGAAUCAGGAAAGUGAGCAGUCGGAUGAUGAACUUCUGACCCUUUCCAGUCCACAUGGCAAUGCCAAUGGCGACAAACCUCAUGGAGCCAGGAAGCCCAGCAAAAAGCAGCAGGAGCCAGCUGCCCCUCCACCCACUGAGGACGUGGACCUUCUGGGUCUAGAAGGGUCUGCAGUGAGUAAGAACUUCUCUUCACCGGCGGCUCCUCCCACCAAUUCCGAACUUCUGAGUGACCUGUUUGGGGGUGGAGGUGCAGCCGGCCCUGCCCGGGCUGGACAGUCAGGGGUGGACGACGUGUUUCAUCCGAGUGGACCUACGUCUACCCAGUCAACACCGCGCCGGUCCACCGCCUCCACCUCUGCGUCUCCAACACUGAGAGUAGGAGAAGGUGCCACCUUUGACCCAUUUGGAGCACCUGCUAAACCAUCAGGUCAGGAUUUGCUGGGUUCUUUUCUGAAUACAGCCAGUGCUUCCAGUGACCCCUUUCUUCAGCCUACGAGAAGCCCUUCACCUACAGUGCAUGCUUCUAGUACACCUGCUGUGAACAUUCAGCCAGAUGUUUCGGGAGGUUGGGACUGGCAUACUAAACCAGGAGGUUUUGGAAUGGGAAGCAAGUCAGCUGCCACCAGCCCAACAGGCUCGUUGCAUGGUACUCCCACCCAUCAAAACAAACCCCGGACUCUGGAUCCUUUUGCCGACCUUGGGACAUUAGGUGGUUCUUCAUUUGCCAGCAAACCCUCCACACCAACUGGAUUGGGUGGAGGAUUUCCACCUCUCAGCUCGCCACAGAAAGCAUCUCCCCAGCCUAUGGGUGGAGGGUGGCAGCAGGGAAGUGGCUACAGCUGGCAGCAGACACAGUCUAAGCCACAGUCCAGCAUGCCCCACUCCUCUCCCCAGAACCGACCCAACUACAACGUGAGCUUCUCAUCUGUGCCUGGGGGCCAGAACGAACGUGGGAAAGGAGCAGCUAACUUGGAAGGGAAACAAAAAGCAGCUGACUUUGAAGACCUACUCUCUGGUCAAGGUUUUAAUGCUCACAAAGACAAAAAGGGCCCUCGAACAAUAGCUGAGAUGAGAAAGGAGGAAAUGGCUAAGGAGAUGGAUCCUGAGAAAUUAAAGAUUCUGGAAUGGAUUGAAGGCAAAGAGAGAAAUAUCAGAGCCCUUCUGUCCACGAUGCAUACCAUGCUGUGGGAUGGGGAGACUAAGUGGAAACCAGUUGGCAUGGCAGACCUGGUCACACCAGAGCAGGUGAAGAAGGUGUACAGGAAGGCUGUGCUGGUGGUACAUCCAGAUAAAGCUACUGGGCAACCUUAUGAACAAUAUGCAAAGAUGAUUUUCAUGGAGCUCAAUGAUGCCUGGUCUGAAUUUGAAAAUCAAGGCCAAAAGCCCUUGUAUUAAUGUAUGAGCUUUUCCAUCUCUGCUGCAGACCUGUGCUAAUGCUUAGUGUGUGUCACAGUUCUGAGGUUUUCACAGGUGAACCAAAAAACUCCAGCAACGUGUAUCCAGUACUUAACUGUUAAGUUACUCGUAAAUUAAUUCCUCAUUGAUAAGGAAUGUGGAUGUUUGUUUUCUCAGAUCCCCCCCAUAAAAGGUCCAAAGCAGGAGAGGAACUUUUAGUCCGAUGAGCUUGCAGAGUUUUACAGCAUUCCAACCUGCCCUUUGGGGAGCCUACUCAGCGUUUUGUGGGGGAAUGGAAAAUAGAGGCCACCAAAGGCAUAGCACCCAUCUCAAUGUCUGAGGAUAGGACGAUGAGCAAGAGUUCUAAUAAUAUUACAUGGUGGACUUAAAUGGUUUUCAUAUUUUCUUGGAAAGAUAUGGUUUGAGCAAUGGCUUUACAUAGGCUCCAGGAACACAAGCACCAAGUAUCUUUUUCAGUGGAAAUUUACUAUGGUCUCUAGUAUAAUACUGUAUACUUCUUUUGGUCAAGAGGACUGACAGAUGUAAAAGAACCUGAAUUAUGUGGGAAGUGAUUAUAUGAUAAUCCAGUGAUUACUACCAACGCUUCCUGGAUAAGCUAAAAUUUCGUGAAAAUGCUGGCUAAAGAAAAAUAGGGACUCUGAGAGUGUAGAAAUCUGUAUUCCUGGUCAGAAAGUUGGGCUGCUACCUUCUUUUCCCUUUAGAAAACUGGAUGCUUGAACAAAAAGUCUUAAUACCAUAACAACAACCUGAUUGGAAGGAAACCUCUAAUUUUGCCAUUAGGCUUAACGCUUUUCCUUUUGCUUAGCAGAGAAAACGCUCUUUGCUGGGAGCAGGUUGUGAAGCAGUUUGGCGCAUUCACAGUCGAUCAGGAAGGAUGUGUAGUAAGGACCCCCUUGUCCUCCGGGUUUGUGAGUAGCUGUGGGAAGAGAAUAGACGACAGCACUAACCACUAGUAACCAGACAGGGGCAGUUGCAGAGAGAGAGCCGAGCUCCCUUCAGACUGAGUCCGAUGGCUUGUCAGGACUGGCUUUUUGAGGAACCAGGUUCCUUUUCCCACCUGAGGAAAUUGGACCUCUUGGAUUAUUACAGUGGGGUUUAUUGUUUGAAAAGUCGCUGGGGGUCCACAGGAACAACAGUCACACAGGGACAUCUGUGAAAGUAAAGCAAGGCUGCAACCUUUGCAGACUUCAGACUGGUUGGAUUUCAGUUCAGUGUUUUGGCUGUUUCUCAUUUUAAGGGGCAAGCAGUUGUUAUUAUCCUGUGACUUUAGUAGAUCUCUUUGGGUGUGCACACACACAGUGUGCAGAAGAUAUAUAUGCAAAGCAGAUGGCAAAAAAGAUCUCCAUUCUAGUCUUAAAAGGUUCGUGCUCAGUAUGGUAGAAAGCUUUCAAAACUUGUUUUUAAAAGACAAUCAUUUUUUUGUUUCUAUUUUCAUUUUCUUGUGGCAGACUGUACCAGAAAAGCAGCAUGUCAAAAUACUUUAUGUUCUAUAUACAACUCUCUCGUUCUUUCUCUUCUCUCUUUCUCCUUUUCUUCCUUCCUUCCUCCCUCCCUCCCUUCCUUCCUUUCUUUCUUCCUUUCCUUUCCUUUCUUUCUUUUUUUUGUUAUAAAGAUUCAUUAUUUAUUUUACCUUUUGCUGACAAUGUGAAACUCGCCUAAAAUGUUCUCUUUUUAAAUAUACAGCUGUAAACUGUUCAAAGUAACCAUAAAAAACUAGGUGUUAUUUAUUAACAUAAAAUAAUGUUUGAUGCAGUAUGUGCUUGUCUUAUUUAAAACUGGAAUGUGAGACAUGUUGCUGUGACUCUUUUUUCUCAUUCACAUUUGUAGAUAUUGUGUGAACUACAGUAUAUAAUGAUAAUAAUUAAAAGGAUAUUAUGUGAAUGUCACAUACAUUUUGAAAUGAUAGAACUAUAUUAGCUUUGUAUCAUGUUUGGAUAAUUCAUCAAUGUUCACAGUUUAAAACAUCAUUAAACAUUAUGUAAUUAGCAAUGAGAAAGAAUCUUACCUAACUUAAAUUUGGGAUGUUCCCUAUCUCUUUUCUGGUUACAUUAUAAUUCUGGACCCCUAUUCAUCUCAAAACUCUUAACAUAUGCAGACCAACAGGUUUUCGCAUUCCUUUUAAAUACCUGGUUGUGACAGAGCUCGUUGUUGAUCAGAUUCACUGUUUCGUUCAUAUUUGUUGUAAUAUAUUUUUUGUUUUGUAAAUAUGUUACACCAACAAAAUGUGAUUGGUCUAAAAUAUUUGUAAUGUAUAUUAAAAGGCUCAAAAAUA